AUGGAAACUGAAAAAGCGACUUCGUAAGUUUCGUUUCGCCGCGUUGAGCAAAGCAAAGCGUACGUCUUGCAGUGAGUCGAAAAAGAAGAAGAUACAGGGCGGCGUGAAAAAAGCGAAAAAGAGCAGAGAGUCGGCAAAUAAUUCGACGACGACGACGACGGCGAAGAAGAGCGGCGGCGGCGGCGAAUCGAAGCGUCGCAGCAAGGAGCCGAUCGAUGAUUCCAAGGUAUUCGACCGACUAUUUGUAUGCUGCCAUCAGCUAUUGUACAAUUAUUUUUCUUGUCAUCACAAUUCAUCGCUUCUCAGUCUUGGAAUGUUAUUCAUAAGCCACAAUAGCCUUGUCGCGGCUCGGCCUAGGGUUUCAUUUCAAUUUAUGCAAAGCAGUAACUUUUUCUAAUUGAGCAGUUUGAGGUGAUCCGUCUGCUCGGCAAUCGAAGCGUUUACCACGUGGCCGUCGAGGAUUUCGUGCGUGUUUCGCAGCUGAUCAAGCAGCAGCAGACGGCCGGAAACCUGAUGGCCACCGUCGAUUUGCACCGGUUCAGCGACCACUCCAUCAUGGCGUUCGUGAAUUUUGUGCAGAACCGAGAGAUCAAAUCCUCGUUGACCUACUACUCGAUCACCGAAUUGGUCACCCUCGCGCACACGUUUCAGAUGAAGGAUUUGAAGGCGUGUCUGGAGGAUGUGAGCCGAGAAACGCCAUUGAGCCUCUCAUUUCCCCCGUUUCAGAGCAUAAUCGAAGCGGCCAAGUUGUCGGAAGCGGAUCUUCUGCAGACGAUGAUCAUUUGCGACGUGGCGCAUCUGAAUCCCGAGACCGAGAAGACGCUCCAAACGCUGGCGACGGAGCAGAUCGAUAAGCUGGUCGGCCUGCCGGACUUCCACAAAGUGCCCUUCUACCAGCUCUAUCAAAUUCUGUCGAGCUGCGAACUGGCGGUCCUCCACGAGAUGUUUGUCGCCGAUGUGGUUCUGCUGUGGCUGAUCGGACAAGAUCACGUGAACGCCUUCGCCCCAUCGCUCCUGUCUUGCGUAAGUCCAACCCCCCCAACCCAUGCAUGUUUUGCCGAGUGUCAGAGGGCUCAAAGUCCGCCGAUCUUUUGUGAUCUGUGUGGUUCUUUGGAGGUUCUCUUUUCUUCAAAUUGAAUUGCUUUGCUUUGCAGAUCCGCACCAAAUUUCUGAGUCCGGUCGAUCGAACCCUGAUCAUUGAGCGCAUUAACCAGUUGAAACUGCCCAGUAAACUCGUCCGUCUCGCUCGAAAUGUUCUCGAAUCGACGAGCAACCAGCGGAUCUGUCUCGACUCGGUCCAUCUCAAAAAGAACUGGCCGAGAUGCGGAGCGAAUGUGAACACGACGCACUUCAAUCCGCACUCUUCGCUUCCGCUCAGCCGUCCCACGUUCAAUAUGAAGAUGAAAAAGAAAAAGGAGGCGAAAGUCCGACCCACUUUCGAUGUGAGCUUGGCCGUUGAUUUUAGGAAUCACACCUUUUGGCAAUUUUCAAAAUUUCAGCCUGCCACUGCUCCGAAAGUGAUCGACCUGAUAAACACGGAUCCGAAGGUGGUCAAAUCGGAGAGAUCGGUGAAAAAGAAGGAAGAGAAGAAGGACAUGAAGAACAAGAAGAAGCAGGGAAACAACAACAAGUCGGGGACGACGACUAAAAAGACGAAGAGAUCGUGUGCGUGUGUGGAGUACGUGAAGAGCAAGAUGAGUCGGAAGGCGAAGAAGAAGGGACCGCCCAUGUUCCAGGAUCCGAACUCGAUAAAGGUUCGCCCGCCGGGAGAGAGCAGCAAGUGAGGGCAUCAUAUACAAACUGAAAAAAUACAUGUUUAAUUUUCAGGCAAACGGAGAGCAGCACGAAGGCAUCGAAGAGUUCGGUCACUUCGAAAUUGUCCUCGUCGACGAUGAACUCGAGCAGAUCGGAAAGUCACACUGAGAAGCGGCGGGCUCAAAAGAGAGGGAAGAUUCAGAAGGCGAUCAAAAGUUCGAAAUCGGAGACGGAAAAUAGUGAAGUCAAGUCGAUAAGAAAUAGCAGCGGAAACAGAACUAGAACGAAGUUGUGAAUGAAGUGAAAUAUAGUGCGUGGAAUGUCUGAGUUUCAGAAAUGCAUUUUUUUAGCGUUUGCGAAUACGUGUAAAGUUUCUUGGAAAUCCCUCGGAAAUCAGCAAAAUUGCAGUUUCAGUUUGAGUUUCCGCUCUUUGUGUUUGGUAUUCGUGGCGAGACUCGACUCCUAAUGAAAGCCGUGCGCCUUUAAACUUAAAACAGAUUUUGAACAUUUCAUGAAAAAUUUCAUCAAUGUUUUCCCUUUCAUAUUAGUUUUCACCACAGUAUUCAGCACGUUUUCUCUGAAAUUCUGAAUGCAAAUAAUCAGAAUCAACUUUUUUUUUCAAACAAAAACUGUCCGGUGCUCUCGAGGGUUUAUUCAGCUCGGAACUUCAAAUUUUAAAAAUUUCCUAUCUAGGGUUUUUCCUAUCCAAAUGCAGAAAUUUUCAAUGUUUCGCACUCAAAAUGCUCUCGUUUCACUGAAUUUAGCUUAUCUUCGAUUUUCGAACAAAAAACAACAAUUUUGAUAAGAAUAUCUGAUUUUCAAAAUUUCAAUCCUAAAAUUAGCCUCACAACGUUUUUAAUGUUGUUUCUCGUCAAAUUUGUAUUUCCAGAUGCCGCCAUUGGAAGCAGACGUCAGCAACAAUCCGCCGAACGAUGUAUUUCAUGACCAAGUAAAUUUUUUCCAAUUUUUAUCCAAAAUUGACAAAAUUUGUUUUGCAGAAAUGGCUCAAAAUAUUCCCGGCGAGCGUGGCUGCCAUGGAUAAAUCGUCAAUGUUUAUGUCCAGAGUCAUAUUCGUGGUUUUCUCGAUGAUUCUAGACCGCCGCAAGAUUCUGCCACCAGAGUAUUUUGCGUCGAAUUACAUAACAGGUAUCAGGAGAGACGUGAUAUUUUUGGUAUUUCAUUCUUUCCAUUCAGAGAAACUGAAAAUGAAGUCGCUGAACUUUAAUCACGCCAAGGCGCUCGCCAUCUCUCACCAACUUCGCGAUGCGGGAGAUGCCACUAAACUCGGCUACCUGGAAGAGUUGGCGCUUGUGGUCACGAAGCAGGAAGACGAUGUGGAGGCGAUUGAGGUCUUCUCGCUCAAGUUCCACUAUUUCGGUGACGGAGGAGUGGCUGCGCAAUUGACGACUGAGGAGAAUGGCACGCGGCUGACUCCAUUCGAGAAUCUCAAGAAACUCGAUUACAAUGGAACGUUGACCGUCCGUGAUCAGCUAAUUUUUCUGGCGCGCAGCAUCCACGUGAUCUGUUCGAAAGUGCUGCACCCUCUGCCUGGCGAGUUCUUCGCAAACCUUCGUGCCAGCUACACUCCUGAAGCUCCGUCAGACUUCCGUAUCAAAGGAUUCCGCGACUCGUUCACCUUCUACACGAUUCCAGAAGAUACUCAAUCGGCGACUCUCGGCCACUUUCGUCCCGGCUAUCACGGGGGACUGGUUGAGUGCACGAGCAAGUUCAUGGAAGACUCGUACGCGGCUGAAACAAUCCUCAAAAAGUACGCGGACAAGGCGGCCGAAGAGACGGGCAUUCGGAUGAACACCACUUUGUACGGAUCGUUCGCCAACGAGUCGGAGAGCAGGAGCAACGGAAGCGAGGAGUCGUUCUAUGAUUCGGUUGUGGAAAAGUUGAAAGAAGUCGAUCUUGAGAAGGACAAGACCCCCAAGAAGAAGUCGUCUCCGCGUCCGGCUCCAUACGAUAAGGAGUCGAAGCGCCGCGCUAGGAAAUGA